AUGCCCAGUGACGGCUUGUGCGACUAUGCCUUCUACGACUCGCUUUACGCACAAGGCCGGAACAAACUUUCCUCCGGCGAACCGUUCGAGGAGGACCUUCAGACAUUCAUGCGAGUGGCGGCCAAGUACAACAAGACCACAUCGGGAGUGGGCUUCGCUUUCGAAUAUCUGCAAGACGCGGAGAACGACCUGAAGCAGAGAAGUCCGAGUCCCCUGGCGAUCUUCUGGUCGAGCAAGAUCUUCCACGUCGGCAUCCUCGACACGCCGGAGCAACCCCACCCAGCGAAAUGGCAGCAGGCCAUUGCAAUUCUAAAAGUGAUGGACCGCCUUCUCGACAGCCAGAGGGCUCGGGGUCAGCGCUCGCUCACAGUGUUCGCCGGACCACUUCCGGAGGACGACUGGAGCCGGGCUCUUGCCCGGCACUUCAGCAAGCUGCGUUUCCACCCGGACCUGCUCAUCGUGCUUGGCCACUACCAGUUCGGUGACAACACGAUCAAAAAUUGCACCGUCAUGCCUCCUACUCGGCAUCCAGAUGACGCGCCCACGGACAAUGUCGCCAAGGCCUACCACUACGACUUGUCGAAUGGCCCCUUCAGCCUUCGCGAGUUCUACGCAAGCAACGGUGUUAGCCAAGGUCUGCUGACUGUGACUAUGAAGGGCCGUUGGACGGAACCCAAAACGAGAGACGCAAUGGACUUCUUCUCACCCUGUCUGUACGACCCGAGCAGCGAAUCCUUCGGCAGUUAUACAGAGGUGUGCAAGCAUACUCGGUACGCGGCCCAACUGAAGUACUCGCCUAGCCAUUACGCCAUGCUCGCACACCACGCUACCGACGCGCGCGCGUUCGCAUACGACAACGAGGACGGCCUUCGCGAUAAGCUUUGCAGGGUAAAGCGAGACGUGGAUGACGUCAACUUCGGCAUUGCCGCUUACGACGUCGACUAUGACGACUAUGGCAACCACUGUGCCUCCCUCAACAUGUACGGUCCCCACAGUCGACUGAAGGCACUGAGGAGGAUCGUGGACUACUUCCGGAGCCUUGUCAGCAACGCAUUCGACGAGAGAGCCUGCACCUCGGUCGUGACAUGAUCGCACUGCAGCCACUAUUGUCGCUACCGGGAAAGCUCGCCCGACCGAAGUCGUUAGCGGUGUGGCGAAACAUCGCCGUCACCACCGUGGGUUUUUGUUAUUCCUAACGACGAGAAGCUACGACUGCAAUAAAAUCCUAAGCGACUAUAGGUUACAACGCUGCGUCAGUCAUCCAGCCAGCCGACGGACUGGCACGGUCCGUUUCAGUCCAGUCUAGUUCAGCCCUGUCUCAU